AUGAUAUCUGAACCAGAGUCAACAACAACAACAACAACAACAACAAUAUCGGAAUUAGAUCAUCAUAUUAAUAAUAAUAAUAAUAAUGAUGAUAAUAGUGUUCUUGUUGAAAGUGUGAAAGUACCAUCAAUAGUUGAACCAACUAAUACUAGUGUGUCUACAUCUUUUACAACUACACCUACAACUACACCACCUCAUCUUCAUCACUACUAUGAUAAUAAUCAAUUUAAUUCAUUGGUACCAGAGAUUAUAGAGUCCCCUUUAGAAAAAGAACUUGAACAACAAAACCAACAAGAACAAACUUUAUCAAAUCAGUCGUCGUUGUUGUCGUCUGUUAUUGUUGAAUCUUCUUAUUCUUCUAGUAAUCCAGAGAUUAUAGAAGAGAUUAUAGAAGAGAUUAUAGAAGAGAUUAUUGAGGAUAGAGUACAACAACCACAACCUAUAGCAGCACCAACACCCAUCAUAGAAAAGGAUAUCAUUAAAGAGAAGGAGAAAGAGAGUCAGGUGGUUGGUGAUGAUCCCUCUUUUACAUUUACAGAUACACAAACAUCAUCUCUUUCAUUUUCACAACAAGAACAAGAAUCAAAGAUAGAAGUUGAACGACAAGUAGCACCCGAUAUUAGCGCUGAUGUUAAUAGUAAUAGUCAAUCCGAGGAUAUGGAGAUUGACCAUAGUCAACAAGAACAACAACAACAACCAGACACCAAUAAUUUAAAUAACUUUAAUAAUAAUACAAUUGUCGAUGGAGCAGCAGUCGAUACAAUUAUGGAUAAUAAUAAUAAUAAUGAUACCUUUACUCAGAUGAGUGACAAUAUGAAUGAUAGUUUAAAUAAUAAUAGUCAAAUGAAUGAUGAUAUAAUGAAUGAAUCAAUGGAUAGUAUACCACGACGAUUAGAUGAUAGUAGUACUACUCCAUUAGAUGUAUCAAGAGACAGCAACAACAUUCCAUUAGAGGAAUCAACAACUUCAACCUCUUCAACCGACAGCAACAAUAACAAUAAUCAUAAUAAUACAACCAAUAAUAAUAAUAAUAACGGAUUAUCUUUAUCAGUAGAUAGUAAUAGUGGUGGUGGUAGUAGUAGUAGUAUUAGUAGUAACUCUAUCAAUGCAACUUAUCAACCAACAACACAUUUAAGUAAUCUAAAUAAUUUAAACAAAUCACAACAAAGUGUGACGGCAUUACAAGAGGAUAUCUAUUGUAUAUGUAGAAGAGGUGAAUAUGGGUUCAUGGUUUGUUGUCAAAAAUGCGAGGAUUGGUUCCACGGACCGUGCGUAGGAAUCACCAAAGAUAUAGCUGCCCGAGUCAAUUACUUUCAAUGUCCAAUAUGUCAAGCAAAGGAACAGUGUGUUCCUUGCCGCGUUGUCAUUGAACACUUUGAUGAAAGAGAUGCAAAAAGAUAUGCAUUUAGAUUACAUCAACAGGAAAUGGAAGGAAUUAUUUUAUCUCCAAGAAAGAAUAAAAUAUUGGAGAAGAGAAAGAGAGAUAUCAAUGAUAGUGAUAGUUUUGGUCACAACAAUACAAGUACAACAUCAUCAACAACGACGACUACGACGACAACAACUACAACAAAUAGAGAAUAUCGGGGUAGUGGAAUGGACAAUAUUCCAAUAAAGAAGAAACCAUCUAAAUCAACGACUAUGACGGCAGCAGCAGCAGCAGAAGAGGAUAGAACAAAGAAACCAAAGACUUCUACUACUCCUACUACUCCAACUCCUAAAAAACAUAGUCAACCCAAAUCGACAACAUCCAGAUCUGGACCAAUGAAUGAACAGAAAAAGAAAAAGGUUACGAAUAAUGGGAAUAGUGGUAAUCAUUCCAAUAGUAGUGGUGGUAGUAGGGUUAUUUCAAGUGAUAGUAGUAGUAGUGAUAGUGAUAGUGAUUGGACAAGCAGCAGUAGUAGUAAUAGUAGUGACUCUGACAGCGGUAAAAAAUCUUCUAAAAAGAGCACAUCAUCCAAAUCACCAAAAGAAAAGGAAAAGGAUAAACUAAUUACAACACCAAAGAAGAAAUCAAAGGUUACAUCUUCAUCUACAUCAUCAUCAUCAAGGUCACCUUCACUUAAAUCAUCAACCAACUCUACUUCUACAUCGUCACCUGGAUCACCCAAAUCACUCAAAUCAUCGGCAGAAGGAUUAACAGGAUGGCAACAACAAUUGCAACAAAAUAACAAUCAACACCAAUUUUACAAGGGUAGAUUCCAGCCGAUUGAAAAGAUACCUGAUCCUUCAAAAUUGAUUUUGAUCAGUCCAAAGAAUCAGAAAAAGAAAAUGGCAGCCCGAGCUUCCAACGAAAGUGCACUUAAAAGUUUGGAAAGAGCUAAAAUGAUUCAUGAAGAAUCUCUUAGAAUGCAAAAGGAAAAAGAGAAUAGUAAUCAAUCACAACCUCCACCAACUUCAUCUUCAAAACCAUAUUCUUCACAAUUUAAAACUGCUACUAAUAAUAGUAGUAGUAGUAGUAGUAGCUCGACUUCAACUUCGACUCCAACCAGCAGGCCAGUAGAUAAACAAAAAUCAUCUACCUCACCAUCCACCGCAACCAACACCACCACCACCACAACCACCAACGUUUCAUCAAGUCAACCUUUUUCAAAUGGAAGUUCAUCACCUCCUACUACUACUACUACCACUGCUUCCUCUUCAACGACUACUUCAUCAUCGACUCAACCAGAAACACCAUCGAAAUCACAACAACAACAACAACAACAACAACAUUCUGUUUCUGAUAAUCGAUCAACUGUUCAAAAUCUAUUAUAUGAAUCUUUAUUAACUCCAUUUGGUGAUUCAUUUUUCCAAGAUUUAAUUAAUUCACAAAUGGAUAAAAUCUCAAAAGAAUUGGAGACAUUCGAGGUAAUCAAUGUAGAAAUUGAUCAGCCGUCCCAGUUGCCUGUUAAUAUUAUUAGUCAACAACAACCAGUUGAAGAAAAAUCACAAAUUAACCCUAACCAACAACAGGAACCAAUUGUACAGGUCCCAUCAGAAUCAACCAUUACCAAUCCAAUGGAUAUUGCACCACCAACUACUAUAGCAGAUAAUAAUAAUAAUAGUACUACUAUAAUACCGCCACCCAAUACUGCUGAAACAACCUCUACAAAAACUCAAUCACCAGAUUCAGCGACAAAGGCUGAUGCAUCACAUGGAUAUCGUGAUUUGUUUGGUGGAGCAGAUUGCACCAUGGUUUUGCAUCUGUACAGUCAGUCACUUCUAAUCAACCAACCCAUUUCACCAUCCAUUCUUCAAGAUUUUUCAAAAUUUACAGAACAAUCCGAAUCUUUUGAUACAAAUCUUUUUCCACCUCCCCCAUCUCAACCAACACAUUUGGUAGACAAUUCACAAUCUUUUAAUCAAUCAAUAGAUAAUAAUGUGAAUAAUAAUUCAACAACCACAAAUUUAGAUCAACAACAACAGGCAAAAAUGGAGAUUGAUUCAUCAUCACAAAUGGAGAUUGAUUCAUCACAAUCCCAACCAAUUGAACAGUCUCAACCAAUUGAGCAAUCCCAGCAAAACAUUUUCCCAACCCCUCCACCACAAUCACAACCAAGCGAGCAAAUCAUCUUGCCAACACCUCAACCACAACCACUCCCAUCAUCACAACAAACUCAAGAGAUACCAUCUCAACCAAUUGAAUCUAUCGCACAACAUUUAGCUCUAAACAAAUCACCGGUUUUAUUAUUAGAACAACCACGAUUUAUAGAUGAUUUGGAACCUUAUUUUAUUGGAUACAGUAGUAAAAUGAUAGACUAUGUCAAAGAGAAUGCACCUGCUUCUUUUUUUAAAAGAUAUGCUACGUUACCAUUGACUAAACUUCCUUGUCUAGACAUGGAAAAAAUAUCUGAAUUAUCUAAAAAUAUUGAAGCUGCUUUAUUUUCAAAAUCAGAUGGUCAUCAAAGUCGUGAAUAUGUUACAAAGUCAAGAUCAUUAGUAUUUAAUAUUAAAUCAAAUCCAGAGUUGAGAGGUGGAAUAUUAUGUUUUGAUAUUGAACCAAGAGAGAUUGCGGAAAUGUCACCACAAGAUUGGGCGACCAAUUCAUUGGCAGAAUUGAGAAAGGAAUUAAAGGAAAAGUCAAUGCAUCAAAUCGUAUUGCCAGAUGAUAAAAAGACAAUCAUCAAGAAAACGCACAAAGGUGAUGUGGAAGUCAACAUUGAUUCACAAAAGAAAGAGGAACCUGCAUCGGUGUCAAUUGGAACCAUCAAAGGUAUUGGUACAGAGAUUCAUCACCAUCAACACAAAAAUGAUGAAGAAGUAUUUGUUAGUUAUAAUCAAUUUGACAACAAUAAUGAUAUAGGUGUUGGUGGUCAUGAUAAUCCAUUUAUUGAUCAUCCAUCAUCACCAUUGGAGGAAAUUUCAAGUACAAGUAAUAAUAGUAAUAAUAAUAAUAACAAUAAUAACAAUUCAACAGAUGUAGAGGUACCUUCAUCACCACCACUACAAAUACAAUUGUUCAAAAAUGUAUUACUUGCUUUUCCACUGCUCGAAAAGGGUGGGUCUAAACUAAGAUCGUUCAAGGUCAAGUUUUCACAUGUCGGUGGCGAUCGAUCCGUCGUCCAAGCAUUUGCAUCAGAGAAAUUGGAUCAAAUCAGAUUUAUCGGAUCGAUGGAAGUUACAGCACUCUCGGAUUUUAUUGUACAGAUGGAGUCACUCUCCAAGACGCGUGCCAAGAGUAUUUGGAUGCUCGAUCCAUCAUCAGAGUUGGACCGUAAUUUGUACGACACGGCAUUCAAAGAGAUUUCAAAGUCAACGGCACCCGUUCUCGUUGCCAAGCCAACUCUCGUCUCGGGCAAGAUCAAUGUCAAAUGCAUUUAUCUGCUUCCUUGCAAACAAGAUGAAUUCCCAGAAUUCCUAAGGGUGCAAAAGUCAUCUACAUCGGUUGACGAUUCCUCUCCUUCUACCUUUAAAAAUUCAUUGAUUGCUGUUAUCAUCACUCGAAACACGGCAAGAAAACCUUCACAAACGACACCAAAGGAAAAGGAAGAAAAGAUGCACGAACAGUCAUCGGCGAGUAGAGUUUCAUUUGAUAGAGGUGGAUUUGGAGGAAGUGAUAUAAUAGAAGUCGAUCAUUCCGAGGCAAAUCCUUGGGCUGAUUCUCCUCCAAGAGAAAAUAACCAUCAAUCAGCCGAUCCAAGACAGUCUCCUUAUAGAUCACCGAGAAGACAUCAAAGUGAACAUUUGGCUCAUACUCCUCCUCAACAUCAGCAACAACACCAUCAAUCUCAACCUCAUCCACCACCACAACCACAUCAUUAUCCUCCACAACAUUAUCCACACCAUCCUCAGGAACAUAGACCUGUUCCUGACCAUCCACAACCUGCUCACCAAUAUCCACCAACUCCAACAAGAGAUGCACAUCCACCUCCUCAACCCUCACCAGGAGGAUAUUACCAACAUCAUCGAUCUUCUCCACCUCGUAGCCAAGAUCCACGAUUUGCUCCUCCACCACCUCAUACGAGUCCGUAUCCUCAUCCACCACCAGCAACAAGAGAUGAUCCAAGACAUCCCCAUCAUCAUCAACCGAACCAUGCUCACCCCCACCCACCUCCAGCACCCGCUGCACAUCCACCUCCCCAUGGAUACCAACACCCCCAUCACCCUCCUCCUCAACAUCCUACCCAACCACCUCAUACAAACCCUUACCCCCAUCAUCAUCAACCGAGCCAUUCUCACCCCCACCCACCUCCAGUACCUGCUGCAUAUCCACCUCCCCAUGGAUACCAACACCCCCAUCACCCUCCUCCUCCUGUUCCUGCACAUCAAGGAUAUCCACCAAAUCCUCAUCAUCAUCCGCAACACGACACACGAGGUGGACAUUAUGAUCAUGCUAGAUACCCACAUCCUCCACCAGCAGUACCACAAGCUGAUCCCAAUAGAUAUCCACCACAAUCACAUUACCCUCCUCAACCAGAAACCCAAGAGGGUAGACAUGUUCCACCUCCUCACUAUCCUCCUCAUGCACACGGAUACCCACCAAGGGACGAGGGUAGGGACCCACCACCCGUUCCAGAGACAAGACCACCUUAUCCACCCCACUAUCCUUCUCCUCCUCCUCCUGCACACAGUUACCCACCAAGAGAUGAAAGUAGAAACCCACCACCUGCUCCAGAUACAAGACCACCUUAUCCACCUCACUAUCCUUCUCCUCCUCCUCCUCCUACACAUGCAGGAUAUUCACCACAACCACCAAGAGAUGAGGGUAGACACCCACCCGCACCCGAGACACGACAUACACCUCAACCCUACCCACCUCCAACAGCUGAUGUUUAUUCACCACAACCUCCUCAACAGCCACCCAAUACAGCUCCUCCAACAGCAGCAGUAGCAGAGCCAGUCGUACCUGAACUCCAAAAACAACAAUCAGAGCCUACCCCUCCAAAGGAGAAUCUUGAAACCGAGUCUCUGGCACUAGUGGUAGCACCAGAGAAAGAAUUGUUGGUGCCAGAAGAGGAAGAUGAAGCAAAAGAAGAACAAGAGCCGACUCUUGCUAUUGAGAACAAACACGAAAAAGAAGAGGGCGAGUUUUCCUCGCCAUCCAUACCAGUUCUUGCACUUCCAAGCGCCGAGGGGCCAAAGAUUGAGUCUCCUGACGAGGAGGAACAAAAUCCAAUACAGGUACCAGAGCCAAUGCAAUUGGAGGAAGAUCAACCUCAAAAACAACUCGAAGCACCACCCCCACCUAAAGAGGAACAUCUACAGUCUCCUCCACCUGCUCCUCUUCCUCCUCUUCAACAAACUCAACCAAGGGACGAGAGAUAUAGUCCAGCACCAAGAGAAGGGUAUCCGCCACAACCACAACACUAUCAUCCCCCGACUCAUCCAUACCAUCAACCACAUGUACCAAAUGUUGUUCCUAGAGAGACAUAUCCCCCACCAGCACCAGCGGCGUCUCAUCCACCACCGCAACAUCAUCAGCCUCCAGCUCAUCCACAUCACCAACCACCCACCUCUCAUCAUCAUCAACCUCCUCCAUCCUCUCAUCCACUUCAUCAAUAUAGCGAUCAUAGAUAUGCUUAUGCGUAUCCCCCAAGAGCCCAACCACCACCAAAUCAUUAUCCCCCACAUCUGCCCUCUCAUCAUCAACCUCCUCCAUCAUCUCACGCACCAAGAGAAGGGUAUCCGCCACAUCCACAUCACCAACCACCUCCAACAUCUCAUCCACCAAGAGAAGGAUAUCCACCACAACCACAACAUCACCAACCUCCAGCUCAUCCAUAUCACCAAACACCACAACAAUAUCCACCUCAUUUAUACGAUCAACAUAGACCACAACAAUAUCCUCCUUAUCAUCAACCACCUCGGUAG